AUGCAGUGGGAACCGGAGGGAGGUGGAAAUGUUGCCGGAUUUGCAGGUGGCCGGCUCUCGUCUUUGAUUAAGUGGAUAAAUGCCGAGCUUCCGAACUUUAAUCUGCCUUUAGAAACUUCGGAAGAGGAAUUGAGGGCAUGUUUGAGUGAUGGAUUGGUAUUAUGUAGCAUUUUGGACAAGCUGGUUCCUGGUUCAUUGGAGGGAAGUGGUUCUUUGAAUGAGCCGAUGGAUGUUGAAAGGUUUUUGGUGGCAUUGGAUGAACUGGGAUUGCCAGGAUUUGAAUUGUCAGACCUUGAGCAGGGAUCCAUGGUGCCCGUGUUGCAGUGCCUUGAGAAUUUGAAAGCUCACUUUGUAUAUAAUGCUGCACGCGAAAAUGUCCAAAGUUAUCCUAGAAAGAGAUGGGAGCAGCCAGACCUAACAUCCCUAGCCGAAACUGACAGUUGCCUCAUGGAUGCUUCAAAUUUCCAACAUGUUGUUGACGGCUCUGUUGUAUCAGAUGGAAUUGCUUCCACCGAUCAUAUUGGGUUCAAGUCUAAUGAACUGUUGCAGUUGAAACAAGCACUUCACGUGGAUCUUUCAGAUGCUAAACUGAAUGCAUUAUUAAAAUCAAACAAUUUGGACAGUAUCUCGACUCGAUUUCUUUUUAGCAUACUAAAUAGGAUCCUAAGUGACAUCUUUGAAAGGAAGAAUGGAGAUAUACCUCAAGCUCAGCAUGCAGCAUGCCUGUUGAGAAAGAUUCUGCAAGUAAUCGAGUUACGCUUUUCAAAUCAAUCAGAAAGCAUGAAAAAUCAAAACAAUAUUUUCAAGGCUCGUGAGGGAAAGUAUCAAACAAAACUAAAUGCUGUUGAAACCUUGGCAGCAGGGGCAGCUGAAGAGAAUGAGCUUGUGACAGGUUGGGUUCAGAAGUUGAAGUUUUCUUUGCAGCUUGAACAAACUAAAUUUGAGGAAAAGAAAAAACUUGAAGAGCAGGAUUUUUCCCAAUUAAAGAAAGACAAAGUUCGCAGUGAUAUUGAAAUUGCUGCAUUGAAGCAAGAUUUGGAAAUAGCAAAAAGAUCACAUGAAGAACAUGUUUCGCAGUUAAAAAUCCAAGCUUCUGAAUCUAAAGCUGAAUAUGAGAAAAGGAUACAAGAACUUAAAUUUCAUCUUGCUGAUGCGAGAAAGCAAGUGAAGGAAUUGGAGGCAUUUUCGGAAACCAGAUAUUUGAAUUGGAAAAAUAAAGAGCAUACCUAUCAAAGUUUUUUAAAUCAACAAUCAGGAGCUUUCAAGGAAUUGAAAGCUGUCAUGAAAUCUGUCAAAGAUGAAGUAAUAAAAACAAAAAGAAGCUACUUAGAGGAAUACAAGUACUUUGGAAUCAAGCUCAAAGGUCUAGCAGAGGCUGCUGAUAAUUAUCAUGUUCUUCUAACAGAAAAUAGGAAAUUAUAUAAUGAAGUUCAAGAUUUGAAAGGAAAUAUCAGGGUAUAUUGUCGAAUUAGACCAUUUCUUUCUGGGCAAAAUCAGAACCAUACAACAGUUGAGUUUAUUGGUGAAGACGGAGAAUUAAUUAUUAGCAAUCCUCUUAAACAAGGAAAAGAAAGCCGCAAGCUUUUUAAAUUUAAUAAAGUUUUUGGUCAAGCAGCAUGUCAAGAGGAAGUAUUCUUGGACACUCGACCGCUAAUUCGUUCAGUUCUUGAUGGGUUCAAUGUUUGUAUAUUUGCUUACGGUCAAACUGGCUCAGGAAAGACUUAUACCAUGAGUGGACCUAACCUAUCAUCAAAAUCAGACUGGGGAGUCAACUAUCGGGCACUUCAUGAUCUUUUCCAUAUCUCCCAAAGUAGGGAAAAUUCAAUUGGUUAUGAAAUUGGAGUUCAAAUGGUUGAAAUUUAUAAUGAACAAGUUCGUGAUUUACUAUCAAGCAGUGGUCCUCAGAAGAGUGGUCCUCAGAAGAGACUAGGGAUUUGGAAUACUACCCUACCAAAUGGGUUGGCUGUUCCUGAUGCAAGUAUGCAUUCUGUGAAGUCUAUGAAAGAUGUUCUUGAGUUGAUGAACACCGGGUUGAUGAAUCGGGCAACUAGUGCUACAGCCCUAAACGAAAGAAGUAGUCGAUCACACAGUGUUCUCUCUAUUCAUGUUCGCGGAACGGAAGUGAAGACCAACACUCUGUUGCGUGGAUGUCUGCAUCUUGUAGAUCUUGCGGGAAGUGAAAGAGUGGAUCGUUCUGAAGCAACUGGAGAUAGGCUCAAGGAGGCUCAGCAUAUAAACAAAUCACUAUCUGCACUUGGAGAUGUAAUAUAUGCUCUAUCUCAAAAGAGCGCACAUGUGCCAUAUAGAAAUAGUAAAUUAACUCAACUCCUUCAGAGUUCGUUAGGCGGUCAAGCAAAAACCCUUAUGUUUGUACAGCUUAAUCCGGAUGUUGCUUCAUACUCUGAAACUAUAAGCACUUUGAAGUUUGCUGAAAGAGUUUCUGGUGUUGAAUUAGGCGCGGCUCGAAGCAACAAAGAGGGAAGGGAUGUGAGAGAACUAAUGGAACAGAUGACAUCUCUCAAGGACGCUGUGGCAAGGAAGGAUGAAGAAAUUGCACGGUUGCAGUUGCUCAAGUCUAAUCAUAAUGGUGCCAAACUUGAAACAAUCUCACCAAGACACAUGCCAUCAUCCCCAAGAAGACAUUCCAUAGGGACUCCCCGCAACAGCACGAGACUUUCUGGCACUAGGAGCCUGGGGGUCAAUGAAAAAAUAGCUUCUGACAUGGAUAACGUCUCAGAGUACAGUGAUAAGCAUUCGGAAGCUGGUUCUCAUCAAUCAACGGAUGACUUCAGGAACAAGGCCAGUUCCCUUCGGUUGAAAUUAGCUCGAGAAGAUGCUGAUCAAAAUUUCAAUGACGACAUUGAACUCUUGGGAUUCGGAGAUGCAGAUUCGUCGGAGAGAUUAAGUGACAUAUCUGAUGGUGGUCUUUCAAUGGGAACCGAAACUGAUGGUUCAAUCAGCAGUAUUGUAGAGUACUCUCUUUUCCCUGACCUUGAUAAGGCAGCUGAAACUACACCAGCUAAGGAUAUUACAUCCAACAAACUUCCAUCUCAGAGUGCGGAAAAGUCCAAUAUGCCAUCAAGAAUUCCCAAAGCUCCACAAAUCCAAUCAAAACCGCCAACAAAAUCUUCUAGGCUAUCGUUGAACAAAAGCACUUCAAAGGUUUCGUCAAGUAUUAAAAAACCGACAGCCGGUAGCUCUUCUGCAGCUUCGGCAAGGUCGUCAAAACGAUGGCAAUAG